UGCAAGUGCAAAAAAGUGUCAGUGCAGUGCAUUUGACAGUGCAAAAUCUCAGCAAUUCUAAAAUGGGUGGGCUUCAAUUCCCAGAAUUCUGGCUUGGGGGGAUUCUGGGAAUUGAAGUCCAGGAUGCCUGCUAGAUGGAGAAUUCUGGGAGUUGAAGUCCAGCCGGUGGGGGGGGGAUUCUGGCAGCUGAAGUCCAUGCAUGCUGGCUGGAGGAAUUUUGGGGGUUGGAGACCAUGCAUGCUAACUGGUGGAAUUCUGGUCCAGCCGGGGAGGAUUCUGGGAGUUGAGGUCCUUGCAUGCUAGUGGGGAGGGAUUCUGGCAGCUGAAGUCCAUGCGUGCUGGCUGGAGGAAUUUUGGAGACCAUGCAUGCUAACUGGUGGAAUUCUGGGAGUUGAAGUCCAGCUGGGGGGAUUCUGGGAGUUGAAGUCCUUGCACACUAGAUGAGGUUUCGCUUCUGUGGGGAUUUGGACUGUCCUGACUGGGUCUUGGCAGAAAUUAGCACUUUGGCUAAAAUAUCUUCGGUGAAACUCAAGCUGAUCUGUGCCCAGGUUCUGAAGGAUGUGCUUGGAGAGGGCAUUGAUUAUGACAAAAUCCUGAAGUUAACAUCAGAUGCCAAGUUUGAAUCGGGAGAUGUGAAAGCCACUGUUGCUGUUCUCGCCUUCAUUCUCUCAAGUGCCGCCAAAUACAAUGUGGACUCGGAGUCCCUCUCCAGCGAACUUCAACAGCUGGGGCUGCCCAAAGAGCAUGCGGCAGGAUUGUGUCGGUCCUACGAGGAAAAACAGAGCUCUCUUCAGGACAGCCUCAGGAAGGGCAGCCUGAGAUUGAAUUGCCUGGAUUCUGUUUCGUGGAGAGUGGAUUACACGCUUAGUUCCAGCGAGCUCCAGCAGGUCAACGAGCCAAUCGUUCAUCUCAAGCUGAACGUGAAAAAUGUCGACCAAAAGGUGACAGAGCCUGUGGCGAUGACGUUGUCAGCCGAAAAGUUUCGCGUCUUACUUGCUGAACUAAAACAGGCUCAAGCCAUCAUGAAAACGCUGGAGUAAGGAGCUCCGGAUGCUUUCGGGACUAAUCAGAAGAAGGAAGCUUCAUUUUGACCACAGGCCAAAAUGUCUCCACUGGAUAAUGAUCUUCCAGGCCUAUGAGAUACAAGCAAAACAGCCAGAUGGGGUUAAUGUCCAUUUCCCAGUAGGCCAGACCAGCAAAACCAGUGGGGAGGUCUGGGGUGUGGUAAUAUAGGGACAUAUCUCGGUCACAAGCGUCCAACCCCUGCCUUAAGAGAAGUCUAUCUGUUUCUAUGGUUGUUUUGUUCAUUUGAACAUCAGUUGUUAAGGGAAACGUAACACGGUUUUUGUUCUUAUGGCGCUGUCUCAAAAAUAUGAAAAUGCUCCCUUGUUUGUUUUGAUUUCCCUGUAUUUUGUUGAACGGCAGAAAAUUAAAUCCCAGUGAUGUGGCAAUAGCUAUCUUUGUCUAUUGGGCAAGGCUGGUGGCCUCAUUGCUUUGGGCUGGAAAUGAAAUAAAAACUGUUUUGAUGUU